GUGUGGUCUGCAUUGGCGUCCGCAGGUUUCCCCCCAUCACCGCGGCCUCAGGGGCCGCUCAUUCGCUCGCCACGUGUCACAUAACGGCUGCACUUUGCCGGGGAAUCGGAGCUUCCUGCCACUCACCUCCUCCUGGCCUGAAUUACACCGGAUUUGCACAUGAAACAUGGGCGGUAUCAGAUGUGCAUCGUUUUUCCAUCAAUACAAUGUUAAUUCCACGUGUUUCAGUUAAAAAAAUAUGCUGGCUCCAGUGACACAGUGCCCUCAUUUAGGUGAAAGUGACUGCAUCUAAAGAAAAAAAAGAGACGGAGACUAUAUCUACAAAGAACCUCCUAAAGGCCUCCCGUGAUCAUUCCCCUACUAGAUAUGAACAUUAUGAGGAACAACCAACUCUGCUGUCAGACUCCUCCUUCAAUUACUGUCCAUAUGAAACCAGGAGGAUCAAGAUUAAACCAACAAAAAAAAGUGACAAAAUUGAAGCAGCAGCCGUGUAUACAGAAAAUGCGUGGAAAGAAUACUAAUGUGAUUUCAAAGCCCAAGCAUGCAAGGGGACCCUGUCUCAUCAUUCAACGCCAAGAAAUGGCUGCUUUCUUCAAGUUGUUCGAUGAUGACUUAAUACAAGAUUUCCUGUGGAUGGAUUGCUGCUGCAAGGUCUCUGACAAGUAUCUGUUGGCCAUGACCUUUGUUUAUUUCAAGAGAGCUGGAUUUCAAAUAAGUGAUCAAACCAGAAUGAACUUCUUUGUUGCUUUAUAUUUAGCGAAUACCAUGGAAGAAGAUGAAGAGGAAUACAAGUAUGAAAUCUUUCCAUGGGCUCUUGGAAAGCAGUGGAAGAAAGUGUAUCCAGAUUUCUUAAAGCAAAGAGAUCAGCUUUGGGCAAGAAUCAACUACCGAGCAGCUGUUAGCAAGCGCUGCUGUGAGGAGGUUAUGGCAAUUGCUCCAACUCAUUACAUCUGGCAACGAGGAAGACCGGUGCAUCACAGUGGAGCCAUCAGAAGGUAUGCAAGAAAUGACGUGAAAUUACCCCGGGGCCCAUGUGACACACCGUUUCAUUGUUCACUCUGUGGACAGAAAGAAGAAUUCCUUGGCAUGUACCCCUCAUCUUCCUCUUCCUGUGAAAGCCAAAAGGAUUUAUGUAGGAAUGACCUUGAUGAGCACUUAGAUGGCAUGGAGCCUGAUACUUGCUAUUCAUCAGCUGAGCAUCAAUCCUUUAAAAACGGUGGAGCAAAGUACUGCCUUGCGAUAAAAGACAGGUCCAUGGACUGGUUUAUAGGAAACGAGGAGUGACAAUGUCUUGCGGCAAAUGGUUUUGUGUGUCCAGAGCCCCUUACCGGUGACACAGAAUUACCAAUCCGUGUCUAUCAGCUUUACC